UAUGAGAGAGAGUGAGACAGACAGACAGACAGAGAGAGAGGAAGAGAGAGGGAGAGAGAGAGAGGAAGAGGAAGAGUUAAUAGAGUAGUGAAAUGAUUUAAGUGGCUCACUGACUAUGAAAGCUUCCAGCUGUGCAGGAAUGAAGAGUAGUAUAUGUACAAACUGAAAGGGCUGGGGGAUUAUUUACAGUUUUAGAUGAAUAAAUCUGUACUGUCACAGGCAGAGAGAGAGAGGGAUAGGGAGAGGGACAGAGAGAGAGAGAGAGAGAGAGAGAGAUAGAGACAGAGAGAAAGGGGAGAGAAUGAGUGAGAGACAGAGAGGGAAAGAGUGAGAGAGACAAAGAGAGGGAGAAAAAGAGGGAGAGAAACAGAGAGAGAGGAAGACAUACCACAACUAAAUGAAGGAGAAAAAGAAUACAACAGCCAAAAAAUAAAAAUAAAUACAAAUUUAAAAGGGAGGAAAAUCAUGAAAACUCAACAAUGUUUUAAAUUUUACAUCUCUGCAAAAAAUUAAAAAUAAAUAAAUAAAAAAGUGAGAGAAAGGGCAGGGAUGGAAGGAGAGUAAUCCUGUUGGUAAGAUUAAAAGAUGAGAAGAUGAAGAUCGCCGGUCCUUGCUCAGGACAGAAAUGAAGGAGGAAGGAGAGAGGGGUCAGAUGUAAAGGUGAGAGAGGAGAAAAACAGAAGACCAGUGGAUUCAGUGGGAGCGUUGAGUCCUGUGUUUACCGUUCGCUCAGAUGAGUGGUGGGUCCUGUGUGUACCGUUCGACUUCAUGCGUUUCAUUUUACUGCUCUGCCUAAGCUCUGAGCAGCUUUACCUGGAGGUGCAGAUACAGAGACUUCUUACUGAGUAUGUAAGUACAGACUUACUCAUUGGUGCAAAUAGUGAGUAUGUAAGUGCUAUUUCACUCAUAGGUGCAGAGUACUUAAGUAUCAAUUUAGUCAUAAGUGCAGAUAGAGAGUAUUUAAGUGUGGAUUUACUCAGUUUCAGUACAAAGUAUUUAAGUGUGAAUUUACUCAUAGGUUCAGUAUAAACUAUUUAAGUAUGUAUAUCCUUUCAGAUUCAUAUGGUGUACAUGUUGUGCUUGGCUGUCUAAUGGUUGGGAUGUGAUGUGCAUUGUUAGCAUUGUUAAUAGAGUUUGUAAUUAAUUAAAUUAUCCUGCAAUUUAUUUUUUUAAUCAUUUGUGCUCAGAGAAAUUAUAAUUAAACAUGUACUCAAGACUUAUUACCAGUCUCCAUUCAUGAAGUGCUAUUAGGCCAAGAACGGUGCAGUUAACUACAGGUUAAGAUGAAUCAACUUAGCCUGUUAAGUGAAUUCAGCAAUACAGUGAUCACUUGAUCAAUUAAGUCUGUUACUGCCAAGCACAAUAAUGUAACGUUCUAUACUGCAAUUUUUACCUAUAGGAUCUCCUGCAGUUUCAGCAAAGAGAACACAUAAAGAAGAGAGGGGCUGAAUAUCUGGUGAGUCUAUAGAAUCUGUGGUCCAACCUAGCCAAGGACAGAGGAGCUGAAUAUCUGGUGGGUCUAUAGAAUCUGUAAUUUAAUCAAGCCAGUGUCACAGGGAGCAUCCCUCCUUCUCCUGAUUCAGAGGGGUAGCCAAUCACGAUACAGCAGAAUCCUAACCUAGGCCAAUCAGUACUGACUUCAGAUCAGUGAAAUGUGGGCGGGAGGAAGGGUGAGCCACAGAUGUGUUUGGAUUGUCAGAGGAUCAUGUGAUCUUUGUCAUGUGACAGGGGUGCAGAGAUGGGUGUGCACGUGGUGCUGGCACAGAGGGCCCUGCUGAAGUCCUGCUGUCUCCUGGCGAUCGCCCAUGCCCAGCUGCCCCCCUUCUCUCCCUCUCUCCCUGCCAAAAUCAGCGUUCCUCCCCCCUGGCGUGCUCUCCCUCUGUCACAGCCUGACCUGGGCCUCCUCUUCUCCAACUCAUCCCCAUUUUCCUGCUCCCAGUCCCUGCUUGUGGUGCCUCCUGCGGGGGCCAGCUCCAGACCAGGGGUCCAGGCUUCCUUUGGGCCUUACUUCAUCUCACAGCCCAUCCCCAGCUCCCUCCCUCUCUCUCCACCUCUAACAGCCUCCCUCUUGUCUAAAGCUGUGGAAAGAGAGAGGGGUGGGGAGAGAGGGCCAAAGUUCAGGGUUCGGGUUUUGUUUCACUGGCGCGGUGCGGCCAGCAGAGGAUGCUGUGUCACGCUUCAUGCCUUUAAGGAGACUGAGGAACAGAGAGCUUCCUGCAGUACACAGGCCCCUCUGGGGUUGUGCAUCAUUUCCCUCAGCCUACCAGAGGGCUGGUUUACAGAGGAGAGGAGACAAGGGUGGAGCCACAGACAGACCCACAAACUACACUACCGCCCCAGACACAGGCACCGAAACCGGGGCCGUCGCCACUGGGACACCCUCUCCACUCCAAGGAGCAAACCCAGCCACUCAACAGACUCCAUUAAACUCUAUUACUCCUCCAGCACAAUCUCAGCCCCCAAACUGUCGCCCUCUGGCUGCAUGGAGGACAAACUGCAGCAGUCCCAGAGAAGACUCCAUUACAUCGGAGCUGUGACUCUGCCAGACAGGACUGUAGCGAAAAAUAUGUCUGAAGAGGAAUUGGGGUGUUCAGAUGGGCAGGAAGAGGAGGAGCUGUGCUUGGAUCCCAAUGUACUGAUUGGUUAUCGCCGGGGGCCAGUUCGAGCUGGUCGACCAAUCGGCGUAUCUGUUAGUGUGAGGUCAAAUUUCACUGGAGAUUUUGUUGUCAUCAGACUGCGUGUGAAGAAAGGGUUCAUCUCUGUGUUGGCCCAGCCAUCUUCUGCUGCAUCUGAGUUCUGGUCUGUUUCCCUGGAGAGGAGCACAGGAUCCAGGCACGACAUCAUCACUGUCAUCUGUCUCAAAAGUGCCAGAGGCCAGAAAGGCAGCUUCAGUCCCUCUGUUCUUCAUCAGGUGGCUUGUUUCUCACUGGAUGGUUUGGAGCGAAGUUUUGGGGUUGCCAUGACGGUGGCCGUACACUGGUGGGUGGAGUAUUCAGGUCGCAACAACCCUCUCCCGCCACACGAAGGAGUGGUGAGCACAUUCUCCUUCACAGACAGGGAGAUUGUAGGCAUCGCCCCCAUAACUGAGAGCAACACAAUCAUCAAUACUGCCAUCUUGAACAGUCAGCCCGUGUCACUUCCUGUCAUAGUGCUGGCAGUGGGCCAUGACGGGGAGGUCUCUGAUGUCACAGCUGCGGUCACCUGCCGUUCUGCUAACGAGGACAUUGUCAAGGUUUCCAGUGACUGCUCCACCCUCUUUGUCGAUGGGAGCGAAUCAGGGGUGGGCAGCACCUGUGUGGGGGUGGAGUAUCACCUUGGCACACUCAGGGGCGCCCACUGCCUGUCCGUCUGGACGCCCGCAGUCCCUCUCCUGGUGGCGCUCUCGGACCCCGUCCUGAACGCCGUCGAGGGGUGGACACAGCACAGCGAGGGCCGGUGUUCUCCUGUCUACCAGCGAUCUGCGGUCCAGGUGCUCGCACAGUUUGCUGCCCAGCCGCCUGUCGAGACGGGUCAGCUGACCUACAUGCUGGGAUCACCCGAUUGGUUCAUGGACGUGACUGAGCUGGUCCGUGAUUGGCUGCUGGUGGAGAACCCAAGGGUGGCUGAGCUUGACGAGCGGACCUAUCUGAUUGGCCUACAGCCUGGAGUGACCUCACUACGAGUUGUAUCUAGCCAAUGGGAUGGAGUCCUGGGCUCCUGUGAUGUCACUGUGACUGCGGACCAUGUGACGCCUGGUGACCUAUCAGUCCAGCUGGUGGGAGGACUUAGUCUGUCAGUCACCGCAAACCCAACCCACCCCUCCGUAGUCACGGCAACGGCUAUGGCUCACAACAUUCUGUACAGCCAUGGGCAGGAAGCUGCCUUCAGCGUUUGGCUCCAGUUCAGCGAUGAAACGGCCACGCUGGUCUCCGCCUUCGACCCCGCCCCCUAUUCCCUGCGGCUGUCCUCAUUGGCUGACACUGUGGUCACAGUGACGCCCGGGCCAACCCAGCGAGUGGUUGCCCAGGGUGAUGGGGGUGGACCUUUGCUGAGGGCAGAGCUACUGGUCUCCACCUGUCCAGCUCAGAAGCAAGCAGCCAAUGAGAGAGGAGGAGGAGGAGGAGGAGGAGGAGGGGGAGGGAUUAAGAGGCUAGCCAGUGGCUCUGGUUGGGUGCGGGUGAAGCUGGACUGGGAGCUCCACCCUGACAGCAGCGAGGAGCCCGGGUUCCAGGUGCUGGAAAUCUCUCAGGUGUUUCCGGACUCCGAGAGUGAGCUGUAUGAACCGAGCAAUUCCUCCAGAGGCUACGGCCAGGACAGGGAGGAGGAUGACGAAGAUGAAGGUGUCGAUGGUGGCAGGGAUAGCAGCCUGGGGGCGGGCACCAGGACCCACCUGGAGAGAGCGGUCCUUACGCCCAGCCAUGAUGGGGGCGGGGUGUACCUGCACCCCAGCAAAGACACGGGGGGCGGGGGGGAGAGGGAGCUGGAGGUGGGAGUGGGGGCCAUGCUCUCCCUCUUAUGCCUCUCCGCACUCCUCUUCCUGGCAAACUUUCUCCCCUGUGCCCUGCGGAAGAGAGGGAAGAGGAGGAGGAGGGAGAGAGGAGGCCAGGGGCCGGAGGAGGAAGAGCACAGAGAGAAAGCAGGGGAUGGUGAGAAAGGAGGAGAGGAAACAGAGGAGCGCAUGAGGAGUGGACUUGGCUAGCCGUCACACAGACACCUGUCUGAUGCAGGACCUCACUGUUCCUGUGGCUCUGUAAACCUGCCCCGUGUCUACCUCCACAUUUACCACACAUCCUACUGUACACCCAACACUCAGCUCUGGGAGUUGUAGUCUUCAAUUAAUCCUAAACCCCCUAGACGCUCAGCUCUGGGAGUUGUAGUGUUCAAUUAAUCCUACACGACCCCCCCCAAACACAGAGGUCUAGGAGUUGUAGUCCUGAACCCUCUGACCUCAGAGAGAGUGUCAGCCGGAAUUCUGGGCCCCCUGAAAGAAUAUUUAUCUCUUUUUUUAUUUAAAAAAUUAGAUUCUUUUUAGAUGUGAUCCCCACCCCCCCCAAUUGUGGGCACCCUUCAGAAACGACCCUGUCUCAGAGUCAUGUGACAGGGGUAUAGAGUACAAUCAGACCUUUGCCAUAGACUCUAUAGGCUAGGAUACGCAGCUUUGUGUGGUUAAGUUCUCUUCACUGUUAAAGCUGAAACAUUCCUAAUUUGAUAUUCCGAAAAUUAAUUCAGGGACCUGAACAACAGCAAUGCUGUGGCAGUGGACAUUCUGUCCUGUAAUACAUCAUCAGACCUCCUCUUACCAACCGCAACACAGAGGACAAGAGGAAGGCAGGAGUUGAGUAUCUGGUGAGCCUAGAGAAUCUGUGCUUUUGUGCCCGUUUGUAAAUUUUAAAAUUUUAACUGUUUUUUUGUUGCUGUUUUUGUCAGUGCUGCAUUUGCCCUCUUUACAUUCCAGUGUUCAUUCCCUGCAGUGACUCUGUCAAAGCAGCAGCUCAGAUCCAAGCCUUCCUCUGUUCAGCACUGUAGGGUACUGACGUGAGCAAAUGUAAAUUAGCUACUCCUUUAUUCAUGUACUUUCUGUUUUUAUGAUUCUGAAUGCAUUUCAUUGUGAUUUUACUUUAAAUCUAUUGGCUAAUUAAUUAACUUUUUUGUAUUGUAAAUGGCAUCAGUCAUUUUUGUUUCAAGACAAAAUUUUUGUUUUGUUUUCGUCCCUGCUGGUUUGAUGUUACUUUGUUAUCUUAUUGGAUUCAGUGAUAUUUCCUCAGUCUUGGAUGGGAGGAGAUGGCUUUAGACAUGAAAGUCAACACUAUUCAACAAAUUUGACUGAAACUACUCAUUGCAGCUAAAUAAAUAAAAAUUGACGUUCAUACAAAUGAAUGAUUGAGUUGAGGUCAAGUGCGGUCAAAGUCAAGUACCUGAUGCAUGUGAACAUGUUGGUCUGCGGUGGUGUGCAUUACCAAAGGAGAAAGCAACGGUCCUAACUCUGCUUUUACUUCAUUCACUGCAUUAAGUUUCCUAAAACCUUCAUUGUAAUAAACAAUUGUGUAAUCAACACGAUGGCAUCGGAGAGAUCAGGUGGAAGCACGUGUAAACACGGAAGUGUAAGAGGUGGGAGGUGUUUCUGUAGAUGUUCAUCACCGGUCGCUGCUGGUUUUGCGCUUCCACUCGCAGAUAACUGGACACCCGAUUCCAUGUAGAACGUGCGGCGGGAACAACCGCUGAAAACUUCAAAAGAACAAUAACAUCCCUGCCAGACAUGACAAUUACAAGUUUUGCCGUCCUUCUUGGGCUUAUGUUGGCCUCGCCAGCAUCUCCAAGCCGUGUGGAUUUAUCUGGGAAUGUCGGCGAUUCCCUCACUCUCCCCUGCCAUGGAGACCCCAGCAGGGAUGUGGAGUGGUGGUUUCAGCAGUAUGAGUAUCCUGACUGGCUGCUCGUGGCCGAACUCCACACCGGAUCCUUUUCCCCAGGAAGCGGCUUCCAGGGACGGGUGAAAUCCUUCCACCUAACAGAGCCAGGAAACUACAGCCUCACCCUCAGUCCUGUGGUGUACAGUGACCUUGGCAUUUACAAAUGCCAGUACAAGGAUAAGACCGUUCUUUCAGUUGUGAAACUAGAAAUUGGAGUCCCAUCAAGUGUUCCCGUAGAGAUGGGAAUGUCCGUCAGUCUUCCUUGCUUUGGGAACACUAAUAAUCGAGCGCAUGCUGGUGAUCUGGAUAUCCUCUGGAAGAGAGGUGGAGAGAACGUUUUUCAACUCCAUAAGAACACCAUCACAUAUCGGCCCGAGUUCGAGAACAGAGCUUCAGUUUCCCCAGAACAAGCCCUCUAUGGACACAUGUCUUUAACCAUCAGACAGACACGGUUUUCAGAUGAAGGCGACUAUCAGUGCUUCUACAACAGUCCAAAAGAGAGGGGGAAACCAGGUUCUGUCAGACUCGUUGUUACAGGCCACCCACCCCAGACCCUCACAGUGAAGGCCGGUGGUUUGCUCUCCAUACCGCUCUAUACCGCAGACCCAGUGAGGGUAACAUUCAGUGCAGGCCUUGGUUCAGAUGAGGUGCUGAUGCUCGAUGCAAAUAAAGGCCCAGCCAGGUAUGGGGAGCGUUGUGCUCAGAGAUGUGAGCUUCUGGCCCAGAACUACACCCUUUUGCUGAGGAGUGUGACACUGGAGGAUGCCGGAGUCUACAAGGUGACCCAUCGUGAGACCAACAGGACUAUCGGCUCUGUCUCUCUGCACGUCUCAGCCCCUCCUCCCUCUGCUGGAGCAGUGGCUGGGACAGUGCUGGGAGUGCUGGGAGUGCUGGGAGUGCUGGGAGUGCUGGGUGUGCUGGGUGUGCUGCUGGUGUUGCAGGCUGGCAGUGCCCUUGCAGUCAGGAAGUACCUCCAAAAGCUAAGGCGAGCAAGCCUGCAAUCCGUUACCAAAAGCCAAUGCUCAAGAUCAGAAGGACUCCAACAGCAGAGCAGCAUGUGUUCUGAUUCCUGACAGCCCUGAACCCCAUCUCCCCGUGUCCAAAUAGAAUCCUUCUCCCUCUGAACCCCAUCUCCCCGUGUCUGGAGCUGACGGGGCAGCUGCCAGUCUGCAGAGAUGGCAGUAUCAGGAGCAGACAGGGCAGCUGCCAGUCUGCAGGGUUGGCAGUACGAUGAGCUGACGGGGCAGCUGCCAGUCUGCAGAGUUGGCAGUACCAGGAGAAAACAGGGCAGCCGCUAGUCUGCAGAGUUGGCAGUACCAGGAGCUGACGGGGCAGCUGCCAGUCUGCAGAUUUGGCAGUACCAGGAGCAAACAGGGCAGCUGCCAGUCUGCAGGGUUGGCAGUACCAGGAGCAGACAGGGCAGCUGCCAGUCUGCAGGGUUGGCAGUGCCAGGAGAAGACAGUCUCCGGGCAUCUGGUCGUCUGGUUGGUAGAGAUGGCUCUCACCCUCCCCCUCAUGGUCGACCCCCCUCCACAUCUGGCUCCACCAUGUCCCCAUUGCUGCUGAUGCAGAGGUUGUGGAGGAAGGCACAUGUGGACACGACCACUGGCACAAAGGUAGACUUACGCUGGGAUUAACUGAGUAUCACUUGUGUGAUUUAAAAUUAUUUUAAUCCUUUUUAGUUUGAAUGUUACUGUACUUUUAAGUUUUGUAAAUUGCUCGUUUACGAAUCAAGUACUGCAUCUAUGCAUUGUGCUGUCUGUCGGCUUCACACUGGUGAAAAACAUAAACAUAACUGCGUAUGCACUUUCUGUAAAGUAUCGUAAUCCUUAUUUUGCAAUGCUGUUUGAAAAAAAAAUUCUGGGGUGGCUGGUAGAAUUUGGUUAAUAAAAUAAAAUAAAACUUUAAAAAGUUAAUUUUCCACCCUCAUUUAGUGGUUAGCUUCAGUAAUAUACCGAAGCACACAUUUAUAAUUUAUGGAUUCACUAAUAAUUGACUUAAUGACAAUCUUUUUGUAUUUUGCUUCAUCUAUCAUGAAGCCUAUCAUGUAAAUGACUGAAAUAUCUCUGAAAUACUGAAAUGUAUUGAACAUUUGUAAUUAAACUAUCAGUUGUUUCACCCAGAACAUCUCAGAACAUCUCAUUGACAAUGUAUAGCUUCAAAUAUGCAAUACCUUGAAAUAUAACUUGCUAACUAGCUGUGUACAUUGGAUUCAUGUUCACACAUCAUUGCCAAGAUGUUUUUUUCAUGUAGCAGCCUCUCCUCCUCUGUGCCACAUCAUGUGUCCUUACCAUUGAAAUAUAUUAUAUAUAAAUAUAUUAUAUAUAAACAUAUAAAUAUAUGUAUUCGUGUACUUUCUGUUUUUAUGAUUCUGCAUUUCAUCGUGAUUUUACUUUAAAUCUAUUGGCUAAUUAAUUAACUUUUUUUGUAUUUUUAAUGGCAUCAUACAUUUUUGUUUCAAGACAAAAUUUUUGUUUUGUUUUUGUUCCUGCUGGUUUGAUGUUACUUUGUUAUCUUAUUGGAUUCAGUGAUAUUUACUCAGUCUUGGAUGGUAUGAGAUGGGUUUAGAGAGUAAAGUCAACACUAUUCAACAAAUUUGACUGAAACUACUCAUUGCAGCUAAAUAAAUAAAUAUUGACGUUCAUACAAAUGGAUGAUUGAGUUGAGGUCAAGUGCGGUCAAAGUCAAGUACCUGAUGCAUGUGAACAUGUUGGUCUGCGGUGGUGUGCAUUACCAAAGGAGAAAGCAACGGUCCUAACUCUGCUUUUACUUCAUUUAUUGUAUCGAUUUUCCUAAACCCUUCAUUGUAAUAAACAAUUGUGUAGCCAACACACGACGGCGUCGGAGAUCUCGGGUGAGAGCAUUUGUGCGCAACAUAAACACGGAAGUGCAAGAGAGGCGGAAGGUUUUUGCUAUAUACAACUCGACGAACGGUCCUGCUUUUGAGCUACCACUUACGGAAAACAAUACGCCUGAUUCCAUGUAGAACGAGCGGCGGUAAAAACUUCAAAAAAACAAAUCUUUCAGUAACAAUCCCUGCCGGACAUGAGAAUUACAAGUUUUGGCGUCCUUCUUGGGCUUCUGUUGGCCUCACCAGCAUCUCCAAGCCGUGUGGAUUUAUUUGGGAAUGUCGGCGAUUCCCUCACUCUCCCCUGCCAUGGAGACCCCAGCAGGGAUGUGGAGUGGCGGUUUCAGCAGUAUGGGCACCCUGAGUGGCUGCUCGUGACCGAACUCCACACCGGAUCCUUUUCCCCAGGAGGCGGCUUCCAGGGACGGGUGGAAUCCUCCCACCUAACAGACCCAGGAAACUACAGCCUCACCUUCAGUCCUGUGGUGUACAAUGACAUAGGUAUUUACAAGUGCCAGUACAAGGAUGAGACCUUUCUUUCAGUUGUGAAACUAGAAAUUGGAGGGUUGUUGUUGGGGGGACAGGAUGAUUCCAGUCUGUAUAAAACCCACAAGCCUUGGGUGGUAUGCAGUAGACAGCAUAUGCUGCAUCAGGGCCUUCAUCUACCUCAAGCAACAUGGUUGUGGUGAAUGGGUGCGUGAAUGAGAGUGGCUGGAGCACAAUUCGUCCCAUCAGGUGUUCUCAUAGUCAUGGGAAUGUCCGUCAGUCUUCCUUGCUUUGGGAAUAUUAAGAAACACACGAGUGCUGGUGAUCUGGAUAUCCUCUGGAAGAGAGGCGGAGAGAACGUUUACCAGCUCCAUAAGAACACCAUCUCAUAUGGGCCCGGGUUCAAGAACAGAGCUUCAGUUUCCCCAGAACAAGCCCUCCAUGGAAACCUCACUUUAACCAUCAGACAGGCACGGUUUUCAGAUGAAGGCAACUACCAGUGCUUCUACAACAGUCCUAGAGUGAGGGGGAACCCAGAUUCUGCCAGACUCACUGUUACAGGCCACCCACCCCAGACCCUCACAGUGAAGGCCGGUGGUUUGCUCUCCAUACCGCUCUAUACCGCAGACCCAGUGAGGGUAACAUUCAGUGCAGGCCUUGGUUCAGAUGAGGUGCUGAUGCUCGAUGCAAAUAAAGGCCCAGCCAGGUAUGGGGAGCAUUGUGCUCAGAGAUGUGAGCUUCUGGCCCAGAACUACACCCUUUUGCUGAAGAGUGUGACACUGGAGGAUGCUGGAGUCUACAAGGUGACCGAUCCUGAGACCAACAAGACCAUCAGCUCAGUCUCUGUGCGAGUCUCAGCCCCUCCUCUCUGUGCUGGAGCAGUGGCUGGGACAGUGCUGGGAGUGGUGGGAGUGCUGGUGCUGCUGGUGUUGGGGGCCUUUGCUUUCUGGAAGUACCUCAAAAAGCGAAAGCCAGCAAAGCCUGCAGUCCAAGCAACUGAAGUUCUGAUUGAGGUCAGAACGGAUCCAACAGCAGAGGAGCAACACAGUGGACAAGAGGAAGGCUCACUCUAAAUCCCCCCCCCCCUUUUUUUCAUGAUACUUGUUACAUGUUGCCCCAUCCCAGCACUUUUUGGUAAAUUGUAUUUGUCCUAAUACUGUAGCUUAUUCUUCUGCCUAGUUGGCUUUGCAGAGGUUAGGUCUGAAUAGUGUUCACUGUGUGAACUAAACUGUGUUCUUGGCUAGAAAUAGCUGUACAAAAUAAGUGUUGUACCUUACUGAACCUGUGUUUAAUGGUUGUCUAUGACCAUGAAAUGCACUUUUUGUACGUCGCUUUGGAUAAAAGCGUCUGCCAAAUAAAUGUAAUGUAAUGAAGGCAGGAGCUGACUAUCUGGUGAGCCUAGAGAAUCUGUGCUUUUGUGCCCAUUUGUGACUUUUUCAUUUUUAAACAGUUUUUUGCUGUUUUUGUCAGUGCUGCAUUUGCCCUCUUUACAUGUCAGUGUGCAUUCCCUGCAGUGACUCUGUCAAAGCAGCAGCACAGAUCCAACCUUCCUCUGUUCAGCACUGUAGGGUACUGACGUGAGCAAAUGUAAAUGAGCUACUGCUUUAUUCAUGUACUUUCUGUUUUUAUGAUUCUGGAUGCAUGUCAUCGUGAUUUUACUUUAAGUCUAUUGGUUAAUUAAUAAACUAUUUUGUAUUUUAAA